AUGUCUCUCGGUUCAGCCAUGUACGACUACCAACGAGGCGGCACCACAAAACCCUCCGAGAUCCAUUCCUCCGCCUCCCACGACCAUCAUUCUUCGGCCAACGAUGCUCAGAAACCACCACUUCAGCGCAACACAACCAACCACUACGAGCAAGCUGUCGCAGCAGCCGGCCAAACUGCCGCCGGAAGCGGAACCGAGGAGAGACCUGCUCUCGACCGACAGCAGAGCUGGAAGAUGAGUGACUUGAAGCGCGAGCAUGCUGAGAAGAUGCUCAGUGUUGAGCCAAAGGGGCAGGGGUAUUCUUCGAAGUAG